AUGAAUCAAAGUAUUUCAUUCGACCCAUCGGCGCUAUUGACAACAUCAACAAUAAACAAUCUUCACUUUCCGGAUUUAACAACGUCGGGAAUAUCCGAUUCCGGUGGUGGCGGUGGUGGACGACCGACGAGUUUUAUUCUCGACGGCGUUGGUAUGUGUGAGUCGAUGACUGAAAGUUUUUGUUCGGUCGCCGGACAGGACGAUGCGGUAUUAGUCAACAGUACUAAUGGCCUUCAUCCAGAUGCAUCUCUUCGAAGUCUUGAAAAGAAAAAUGCAACUAAUGCACAGAAAAAACGUCGUUCACGUAAAGCACAAUACGAUGCAUCUACUGAUGGCAUAUCGCUUGAUAAAAUCGAACCCGUGAAUGCAAUCGACGAACAAAAUGAAACUGACGAUUCCUGGUUAUUUCAAAUGCCCAACAAUGGUAAUCGAACUAAUCCGACAUCCGAGAAUAUAUUCUCUUGGGUACACAAAGAAUUCAAAGAAAAUGAUAUUAAUGCAACUAAACAUAGACUUCUUUGCAAACUUGACGAUAUGUCACAUGCACGAACAAUUCGAAGUAUUUCAUGCCAUAAUUUUGCUGGCAAUCAACGAUCGGAUAGUGUGAAACGUAGUUCAACUGAACAACAAGUGAAUCCAGGUAUACAAAGUUUUAUUCUUCAUUCAAAAAUUUCUUCAUCUGAUCUACUUGAAAAUGCACUUUAUCUAACGGAAUUUUUGACUUUGCCAUCGUCGUCAUCAAAAACGUUACGCAUAUCAACAUUAAGUUUGGAUAGCAUUGAAAAAGAUAAUCAUGAGCAGUUCGAUCUGUUUCUUUAUGAUUCACUGAAUGAUGAAUCAUCAGAUGAUGAUAAAGAACAGUUUUACGAUUGUUCAAAUAAUGAUACAAAUCUCUUGCAAACCAUUGUUAAUGAACGUCAACUAAUUGAACAAUUAACACGUCGUUGUUCAUCACUGGAUAGUCUUGAUAAUAAUGAUCAGAUAUUAUCAUCGCGUAAACCUGUUGGUAAUGGUCGAAUGAUCUCUCCGUUAAGAUCUGCGACUCCAUUGUUGAAUGGGAAUGGAAACACUCGACCAACAUCGCCUAUUAGUUCAUCACCACUUCGACAUACCAUUGCAACAACGAGUGGUACUGUACGUUCUCGGGAAGGUUCUCGAGAACGUGAAAGGGAACCAUUGGAUUAUACUGAUCUCGAGGUCAUGGCAAAAGUACAAUUAGAAAAACUACGUCUAGCAGAACGACAAGGUCCAUUAUCCAAACGUUUCGGAGGCAGUUCCAAUACAUUGAUGAGUACAGAUUCACGUGAUGCAUCACCUGUAUUUGGUGCAACACGUAACACAAGCCCCGUUAGUAAUAGUGGCUACAUGACACCUCGGCGUUUACCAAUCCGAAAGAAUUCGUUUGUGGUAACAGAAUCGCAAUAUUCACAUGUUCUACCAUCGGUCUCACCACGAUCACAAUCGCCAGCAAUACGAUCAGGUCAAUGGAGUGGACGUGUGACACCAUCUGCACUUGAAACCUGUAUGGAAACAUCCUUCAUUUCAUCAAAUAAUCCUUUGCAAUCUCUUGUGUUGCCUAAUAUUGCCGAUACUACCUCUGCCGAUAGUGCAUCAGGUUCUUGA